AUGAAUUGUACUUUGAUUUUUAGUUACAGAGGAUUCCAGUCUCUGCUGUUGCAGACGAUUGAAGUUUCUGCUGUACGCGAGCUGGCUGAAAAAGACUCUGAAGAUGGUGUUUUUAAAAUGCUUUCCAGUGAUGUAACACGCUUUCUCACAACCAUUCUUAUUGGCACUACGGCUGUCAACAUUGGAGCAACUGCUUUAGUGACAAAUGCUGCAACAUCAAUGUUUGGGGAAGCUGGAGUAAUGACCGUUGCCAUUUUGCUUCUCACUGAGAUUACUCCAAAGAGUAUAGCUGUUCACAAUCCCACUGAAGUAGCCAGAUUUGUGGUCAGGCCAGUGGCAUGGCUCUCUGUAAUACUAUAUCCAGUUGGACGACUUGUGACAUAUUUAUCAAUGGGAAUGCUCAAAAUUCUUGGUCUAGAAGGAAAGAGCGAACCUUAUGUUACCGAAGAUGAUUUGAAGUUAAUGUUACGAGGGGCAGGGUUGAGUGGAGCAAUAGAGGAGGAGCAGGAUAUGAUUGAAAAUGUAUUAGAGAUAAAAGAUACCCAUGUUCGAGAGGUGAUGACACCUCUUGUUGACGCAGUCGCAAUCGAUGCAAGCUCAACUCUUGUUGAGUUCCACAAUUUGUGGCUGACUCAUCAAUAUUCAAGGGUGCCUGCUUUUGAGCAGCGGAUUGACAAUAUAGUAGGUAUCGCAUAUGCUUUGGACCUACUAGAUUACGUUCCAAAGUGUGCAGAAUUAUGAUCUGUUUGAUUUUGAAGGGUGAACUGCUAGAAAGUACUACUGUGGCAGAUAUGGCUCAUAAACCUGCAUACUUUGUGCCCGAUUCAAUGUCAGUCUGGAAUCUCCUUAGAGAGUUUCGAAUCAGGAAGGUUCGCAUGGCUGUUGUUCUUGAUGAAUAUGGUGGAACAGUUGGGGAGGAGAUCCAGAAGAAAACCGGCUAUAUCGUAAAACGAGUAGAGUGUCAUGAACUUGGGAUUUUUCCCACACUUUGGGUUAUGUU